AUGACUAGCACUUUUUCGUACGACAUAAAGACCAAAAAUGCACAACCGUUAUUUGAGUUUGGAUCAGCAUACUGCCCGAAAGUUUCCUACCACUUCAAUCCUUUGGUAUCACAUUAUCAUUAUGGUGUCAGACAUCCGAUGAAACCAUUCCGAUUAAUGUUGACGGAUCAUCUAGUGUCUUCAUAUGGAAUGCAUAAUAUAAUGGAUUUGUAUCACACUCGAAAGGCUACUAAAGAAGAGAUGUUAGAGUUCCAUUCUGAAGAUUAUAUAAAUUUCAUGCAAAAAGUUACUCCGGACAACCUCAGUAGGCUACCGAGAGGUACUUUGGAAAAGUUCAACAUCGGUGAUGACUGUCCCAUUUUUCAAAACAUAUAUCAGUACAGUACCUUGUACACUGGUGCCUCGCUGGAUGCCAGCAGGAAGCUAAUAAAUAAUCAAUCAGAUAUCGCAAUUAAUUGGUCUGGUGGCCUUCAUCACGCCAAGAAAAACAAUCCCUCCGGGUUUUGUUACGUUAAUGACAUUGUAUUGGCUGUGAUUAAUCUACUGCGAUAUCAUCCAAGGGUACUAUACAUAGAUAUUGAUCUGCACCAUGGCGACGGUGUACAGGAAGCAUUCUAUACUACGGAUCGAGUUUAUACAAUUUCCUUUCACAAAUAUAAUGGUGAAUUCUUUCCAGGCACGGGCAAUUAUGAUGAGAUUGGAUGUGCUAGAGGUAAGCAUUAUACAGUGAAUGUUCCCUUAGAAGAUGGUAUUGAUGAUGAUUCCUAUAUCAAUCUCUUCAAGUCGAUUAUUGAUCCUUUAAUAACGUCUUUCAAACCUACAGUGAUCAUUCAGCAGUGUGGUGCUGACUCCUUAGGUCAUGAUAGAUUGGGAUGCUUCAAUUUAAAUAUAAAGGCCCAUGGUGAAUGUGUCAAAUUUGUUCGGUCAUUUGGCAUUCCUAUGUUAGUUGUCGGUGGUGGAGGUUAUACCCCACGAAACGUAUCUCGAUUAUGGACUUACGAAACAGGUAUUCUGAAUAAUGUUUUAUUACCCAAAGAUAUACCGGAAGAGAUUCCAUUUCGCGAUUCAUUUGGUCCGGAUUUCUCAUUAUAUCCUGUUCUUGACGACUUAUAUGAAAAUAGAAAUAGCAAGAAAUAUUUGGAAGAUAUUCGAAUACGAUGCCUGGAGAGUAUAAGGUAUCUACAAGGUGCACCAAGCGUCAGGAUGGAUGCAGAAUAUAUCCCCACUCAGGACAUAACAGGAUUGACAGAAGAGGAAGAUGAACUAAUAAAAGAACUGAUUGAAGAGGACGAAUCUUUAAGGCUUCAAAAAAUUGAGAAGGACAAUCAAAAAAUUUUGUAA